AUGAAAGACAAUGAUUCAAUAUCCACUCUAAACGAACAAUUAAAAGACUAACUCUUAGAUUCAUCAACUUUGGAACCAUCUAUACAGAACAAAAACCACCAGAAUAUGAUCUAAACCCAUGAAGUUUAAGGGUCAAUGAAGAGAAAAAGCUACAUAAAGAAAUAAAAAAAAAAACGAUAAGGAAGAAAAUGUAGGGAUUUUACAAUUUAAGAGGAUUAGAAGCUGUUAGGGUUCAUAUUAAUGUUUGGACCAAAAUUCAAAACAAUCUAAAGAAGGAUGUCUGGAAGACCAUUAAACAUUUUGAAGAAUAGAUACUAUAGAGAUCUACGAUAUCGAUGGGAUGAGGUUUUAGGAGAAGAAUUUGCUCACUUGAAUGAAAUAAAAACAGAUCUCAUCCCUGAUGAAAUUUUGAAAAACCCACCUUUUGAUCCAGAUCUAUCAAAAAUUAUGAUGAACAUGAUGAAUUAGAUGUAAAAUGUAAUCACAAAAUGUUUGAAUUGA